UUAAAAAAAAAAAAAUUGUAAAAAUAUUGAAUUUACAAUGAGUGAUCACUUUUCCUGUAAGGUAAUAUUUUUGUUCUAAAAACGGCCAACUAAAUAUUUCGUUAUUAGUUUGUCAGUGACAUCUGCAUGCGCGUACGUUCACGUUGUUCGUAGACCCCACCCAAUUAUUCAUUUAAUCAUCAUAAGUGAUACCUCGCAACCCGCGGGCCACGGUACAUCGUAUUCCGCGUAUUGAUAUCCAAUACGAGUAUAAAAAUAAAUAAUGUAGUAUUUUAUUUUCAAUUAUCAUUCCGCGACGCGACGUUUUCGGAUCGUAGGCACGUGUGUACAUAGGACUACGAUUGUUUUGAUUAAUCGAUUUUUUCACCUAGUAGGUAUUCACAGCAUUAAUCGGUUAACCGAUCAGAAUCGUAAUCAAUGUAACCAAAAAUUAUUCGAUUUCAUACUUAAACGGCUAAACAUAAUAAUAUGAAAAAAAGAACCGGACGGGGACUCGCUCUGAACGGAGAUGAUUUGUUCGUCUAGAACAGGGAGUUGAUGUAAAUAUGUGGUCAAUAGUGUUAUUUGAAACUGAAAAUACUAUUGAAGUCGUUCCAGCACACUGGGUUAAAAGUAAUACUUGUGCCUGGCCCAAAAAAGAUGUAAAAAAAAAUAUUGAACGUAGAGUAUUAGCCAACAAAUUUGAAUUCAAUUAUUUUGCCUCGAGAACAUUAAAGAAAAAUAUUGCUACUCUAGCAGAAGCUAGAGCGAAGUUGAAGAAGGCUGAGAAUACUUCAGAUUUAUCUACUUGUGAUGAUGAGAUUUCAAAAUCUCGUGCAAAAAAAUCGAAAAUAUUUGAUCCUCCAAUUUUUUCCUUAGACAAAAGUUUUAUUUUAUUUAUAUUAUACCAAAAUCUAAUGAUAUAAUGAAUGAAACUAUAUUAAAUAGUUACAGUUUAAGUUGCGUAACAUCUAAAGAAAAGAAAAACUCAAAUAGUAUUGAUUGUUCAUCUUUUAGUAAUUUAGAUGUUGAAAGCAAGCAAGAUCAUAACAUUAAAUACAAAUCAAAUAAUCAAAAUUACAGUUUACCUUUAAAAGCAAAAAGAAAACUUUUUGAUAGAAACUCAUUUAGUCCUAUUGCAGCAUUUCCACAAGAGCAUAAUAUUUAUACUUCAAGUAAAUAUGAUCAUGAUUAUAAUAUAAAUAAAUCUCCCAUGUCAGUUAUUUCUACCAAAGGUUCUAUAAUCACGCCUGAAAAACAUGAUUUGUUUAACUUAUCUCAUAGUGAAUCUGAAAUAUCUAGUCCAAAGAUUGUGGAGCAUAAAAGAGCCUCAAGCACCAAAAUUAUCUACACAUCGUCAUCUCCUUUUAAAGUCUCUGAAGCUACACAAGAUACAAGUGAUUACCCAAAUUGUAAAUUGGCCUUAGAUGUCAAUUUACAGUCAUCUUUUAAAAAGGUGUCUAGUGUUAUUCAAAACAAACACAAAUUAAGAAAUAACUGCUUAUCACAAAUUUCUGAAUCAAAUGACAUAAUGAAUAAAAUUUUAAGAGUUGUCUUGAAAAUCAAGUAUGAUGUAGAAACAAUUGCUCAAAAUCAAAUUCAGAUGGACAAAACUUUAACUGACACUGUGCUUCAAGCCAAGGAUACUGAAAAUAUUUCUGAAGAACUAUUAGAAUAUGAUUCAUUACUUCCAAUUGAAAGUGAAGAACAAUUAGAUGAAUUUGAGUCAAAGUAGUUAAACAAACAUUUUAGAAAAAACAUUGUUAAUGGUCUCAAACGUUUAGCAAAGAAGACAUUAACAGCAACUAUAAGGCAAAUGUUAAGAACAAUUUUUGAGGAUGAUAUUUUGCAAAAGUACAGUUUUGUUGGACAGAAAAAAAAAAAGAUUUUUUCAUCUUUAGGUUCAUGCUCUAUAAUUAUUGAAGCUGUAAGAAAAGUUAAGGCAUUCGAAAAUGCAACAAAUGCUGAAAUUGAAGCACCAAUGAAAGUUUACUUGGCCGGAGCAGCAUUUAGAAAAAAAAACUAUUAUAGUGCACUCGCUAAGAAAUUUAUAAUAUUAUAUUAAUUAAUAAUA